AUGGAGCCCUCGUCGCAAGCUGCUACCCCUCGAUCUGCCUCCGAGUCAAACACCGCCGCCAAUCCCAAGCUGGCUGCCCCCAAGGACAAGAACUGCCCCUUCUGCCAGCAGGCCUUUACUUCCUCCUCGCUCGGCCGCCACCUCGACCUCUACAUCAAGCCCAAGAACCCCAAGGCCCCCGAUGGCGUGCACAAUGUCGACGAGAUCCGCAAGCUGCGCGGCGGCAUCACACGUCGCCAGGCGCGAACUUCCUCAGUCAAGCAAGAAACAUCGGCCCCCGGCUCGGCGACGCGCCCCUCGUUCACCGGCGACGAGUCGCCCGUCGUCGUACACUCACCAGGCGUGGAUGACGACCCGCUGCAGCCCAGCAGGGUGCGCACCACGCUGAACGAGCUGCAUUGGCAUGCUACUGGCGUCAUCAACAACCUGCCGCCACGCCCGAGUCCUGCCCCGGUCCCAGAGGCGCGACGAGACAUAUCACGGCACGUUUCGAAGAAGGUUGAGAUGGAACAGCGGCAUAAGGCCUCAGAUGAAUGGGAAACGGGAAAGGCCGCUGAGUUGGCAUUGAAGGAGGUGCUGGGAAGCUUCAAGGAGGCUAGUGCACGAAUUUCCACAUCAGGCCCCUUCGAUUUUGACCCCUUCAGCAUAGGAUUCCCCGGCCUGUGUCUCCGCAUACUCUCCCCACCAUCUACCCUCUUUUCGCCAUCACCAUUUCCAAGCCCCGACUCUUGGUCAAUAAACCCGCCCGGGCGAAAGCAAUUCGAAGCCCUAGUUAAGCUGGCUAGGGACACAUGUCACACAUACUACAGGGUGCGCCUUCCAAUCCAAAGCAGCGCGUCCCGAUCAUCUUCUAUUCUAUCGCCAAUGGCCCAAUCUCCUAUGCCUACACUGGACUUAUUCGACGAGAAAUGGAGAAAACUGUCAGAUCAUCUAACCGAGGCGUGGAAUCACUGGCAGACGUUGUCGCGCGAACAGCAGCAGGAGUCGUGGCAACUGGAGAUCUUGCGGUCGUACCAUCGGUCUAACGACGCGCUGAAAAUUUCACAGGGAGAGCUGGAAGCUGCGCGGCGGGAAAUCGAGCAACUCAAGGCCGCACAAUGGUCAUCUGGAAACACACCACAGUAUCCUCAAUUUCCCGGAAAUACUCCUCCAGCCACUCUCCACCUCGGUACAGACAUGCUCAAGCAGUUCACAACCCGAAGCACGGAUCUAAGAAACUGGGACUACGAUCACCUCGUGGAGAAAUGGAAAGCAGUGGUUCGUGAGAAUAAGAAGGCCGCCAACGGAAUGGCAGCACAGAGGUCUCUUUCUGUAGCGUCGCCUCAGUCGAUUGGGUUGGGAUCUCGAAACUACACCAUGGACGAUCCUGGCGUGCCAGUACCUAUCUAUCCAACUGCCAACGGAACAGGGGCCAACACUAAUUCUAAUUCGCUGUCCCAAAACGGGAGAACCCCAGCACAGGUUUAUUCGGCGCCUCCAACCAUCAACGGGAGUGCGGAUGAUGAUGCAGGCGACCAGAUGGAUGGCGAAGGAGAGGACGAGGACGCUGACGGCGACGCCGAAGAGGCACCGGAGGAGGUUUCUCUAGCAGACCAUCGGCAGCAGCAAUACCAGGCACAAGCUCAAGCACAAGCACAAGCUCACGCGCAAGCGCAAGCCCAGGCUCAACAGGCCCAGCAAGCAUGGGCGAGACAGCAUAUGAAUCAAAACCGCAGCCAGCAACGUCCGCAGCCGCAACAGCGCAUGGCACAAAACCCACAGGCGCAGCACAUGCAAAUGAAAAAUAGGCGUUCUUCGCAAGCGAUGGGCAUGAACAACCAGAAGCCGGAUCACGCUGCUAACUCGAGUGGGAUGAUGCCUAUGGAAGGUAUCGAGAAUUCUGCUGACGCUUUCUUGGGCGGAGGCAUGAGUCUGGGAAUGGGCUUGAAUCGCUAG